AUGUCAACCGCACAGUCAACGAAUGCAACGGAUUGGUCGUCACAUUGGCCAAAUGAUGAUCACAACCGUGUGGAAUUAGAUACAAAUAGUUUACUACAUUUGAUAGCGAGUGAUGAUGAAGGAAAUCAACAUAACGUCAGUAGUGGACAGGCGGUACAAACAAACGAUGGUAAUGGUCAAGUUGAUAUGCAAAAUUCAUCCGAUAAUAAUCAACAACAUCCAACAUCAUUGCCGUUAGCUGGACAAAUGCAAAACGCUGUGGCGUCUUCAUCAUCAUCAAUGGACACCGAACAAAUGAAACAACAUCAUCCCGAAACAGAUGGUACAAAUGAUAUGUUAACUUUGAUACCUAUACCACAAGCAUGGUCACAUAUUAGACAUCAAUCUGGUCUAUUUUCAUAUCCUGACUUACCACAUUUUAAUAUUAUUAGACAAGCGACAUUUCGAGAUGGACGAUUUGUCUGUCCAUUUUGUAGUGUUGAUUUUGCUUCUAAAGAAGGAAUACGUUAUCAUUUAUAUAAUUCAUGUACAAAGUCUCCAUAUCCGAAAGCAUUUUUUCGUUGUUUAAUGUGUGGAAGCGAAUUAGCCGAUCGAAGUUCACUACGCACACAUUUGGCUCGUCAUGGAGGAGAUGAUGGUGGAGCCGCUUCUUCUGAUGCAUUGGCUAAUGAACGCAAGAAAAAGACAAAAAAAAAGAAGAAAGGCGCAGAUGGAAAUCCAAAUAUGAACGCUGUCGUUGGGGCCGGUGUGGGAGUUGGAGGUUUGGCAACGGUCUCUUCGCCGAGAGGCGGUGUAGGCUAUAUGCAAAAUGAUCCACAUCAUGGGACGUCCCUCGCGUCAUUGCCAAUCAUUAAAUCAGAACCAAUGGAUAACGAACCGAAAGUGAGAAAACGAGGUCGUCCACCAAAAAUGAAAACAAAUGAUGGCACAUCGAUACAGCAAAAUUUUAAAGCACCCACAUCAUCAGCAUCAACACCGAAUAAUCCAAUAAUGUCUGAAACACAAUUAAAACAUAUUGAGUUUGCAACAGAUUCUUUAUUACCCGAACAAGAACAAGAAAUUAAUAUACGUUUACGUUCAGAAGGUUUUGUUCAUUGUCAUCGUUGUCGUGGAAAAGCACAGUUUACAAAUCUUAAAAAAUUGAAAGAACAUUUGAAAACUGAUUGUCCAUUGGGUCCUGUUAUGGCGAUUUGUAAAUUUUGUGGUAUACCAUUUUCAUCCGUUAGCAGUGUUUGUGAUCAUCUUGAACUUUACCAUGAUGAUUCAAAUGAUGGAGCACAACCUCCAGAUGAUCCUUGUCGUGUUAACGAUCGUGCAUUUCGUGCUGCAUUUGCUCGUUACAAGUUUCCACAAGUUGGUCGCAUCCAGUUUUCUGCACCAUCAACAACGAUAGGUCAACUGAUACCAGAAAACGAAUCAGCUGCUUGUUUAAGCAACGGUGCAAGUUGUCUUCGUGUGAGGAUGCUUUCAUGUGAUCGAUUUUUAAAUCCAUUGGAUAGUUUUGCUGCAUCUCAUGUUAUCGUAUUAAAUGUUGGAAGACCAAUAAGAUGUGUCGAGUGGUUGCCUAGAGCUGUUGACGUUAUCGGCAGUCAGUAUGUUGCAUUGGCCCUUGAACAAUGGUCAUAUGAUACAGGAGCUCAGCUGCAUGGGCACGGUUUUACGGGAGCCAAUAGUGCUGGUGGAAACGGAGCACCGAACUCAGAUCGUCGCUCACCACCUGGUUCUACAUUGUUAUUGAUUUUAAAUUGUGGACGUUUGAGACAAAGUUUACAUGUGCCAAACUUACAUGUGACUGUGGCGGCCGACUUUGGAUUAGUAACAUGUCUCAAAUGGUUGCCUGAUCGUCCAACAAUCAAUGAUCCUUAUUUAAGUUAUUUAGCUAUUGGUACAAGCCAAGGAAUUGUAUUAAUCUUUGGUGUACCGCACGGAGCAUCAAGGAAUUUAUGUACAAUCAAUAGCGGAGCACAACUAGUGCCACCGUUAAAUCGUCGAAAAGAUGGAAGUGUUGGAUGUGCCGAAUAUGGUUCGUGUACGGCACUUGAUUGGUGUCAUGAUAAUCCAAAUAAACUAUGUGCCGGCUAUGAAAAUGGUAUUGUUCUUAUGUGGGAAGUUAAUGCAAAAUCAUUAGUAGAGCAGGCCAGUAACUGCGCACUCAUUUAUCCAGUACGACGAUUUUUUGUCGAAGAUACACCGAUACAAGAUGUUAAAUUUUUGAGGAAUUCUGAACAUUUAAUUGCAAUUAGUUUGAAAAACAAACAUUCAUGGACUGUGUGGACAACACGUGAUGAAAACAUAUUUUGUUAUCGUCAUUGGUCGAAUUCUAGUGAAUUUGCAUCAUCACCUAUCAACGAAACACUAUUUGCCGGUUGUGCACAUCCAAAUAAUCAUAAUGAAGUAUUAUCUGUAUCAGUCAAUUCAAUAUUAUUACCUGGACAAAAUGUUUCUUCCCAUUGUCAACAUUCAAUGCCAUCUGCUUGGCAAAUCGUUAGUCUUGAUUAUUCAGAAUGGAUUGAUGCUGUCAGUUAUGCUGACUUAGAUGGUACUGUUUAUGUGGCUCGUGGCGAUUCAACAACAUGGAAUCAAGGGGGCGCAAAAUUCAGACCGAGUGUAUGCGUUGCAAAAUUAUCAACCUACUUAACGGGAACUGGCGGAGCGACAGCGGGAAAUCUAGCUUCCGAUCCAGUUGGACUUCAGCAGUAUAAUCAAGCCCAGUCGGCUGCUUGUGGCGUUCCGACUGGUCAAUAUUGUGUACAAAUAGCUAUUGAACGAACGGAGUAUGCUAGCAGUAAUGUAGACACACAACACGAUGAAACUCACAAAGUGCAUACAUACAGAAAAAUUCGUUUUAAUCCAAAUCCUGGAACACAUUCUUGGGUAGCUUCCGCCGAUAAAGUUGGUUUGUUUCUUUUAUUUCGAUUAUCAACAUCUGAUUCACCACUAUCAGACAAACUGACGCAACGACUUCAAAGGGUGCAAGUUCUUUAA